UGUAAUCAAAAUUCUUAAAGUCCUUCCAAUCGAAAAUGUCAGGAGUUCAGCUAAUUGUUACACCUUUAACCCUGAGUUUUCAGGCGCCUAUUUUGCACACCCAAAAGCGGUUGAUAGCACUGCUCAAUCCCAGCGAUAAAGUUAUGAUCUAUCGUGUUCAUAUUAGCAAUGAUACGGAUUAUAGUGCGGAUCCAUCCACAGGCAGGGUAGAGCCAUUUGAUACCACCGAGGUGGCUUUAACUCUGACUCCAGUUAAGGAAACUUUACCCAAUUGCUCCAUAAUUGUGAAGAGCAUAUCGGAAGACCUGAGCGAUGUGGAAAAAGAAGAAAAAUGGAAUUCAAUGGAUGUCAAGAUCGAACUAGAUCCUACCAAAACCCCAAGAUUAAGGAUGCAGACUCAUGAUCUGGCUCAGAUACUCGAGAAACACUACCAACCACUAUGUACCAAAUGUGCCCAAAAGCUGCCAAAGGGAACUUACUCUUGGUCAAAGCGCAUAAAAUAUUUUCUGAUGGUAUUUGGUGUGGGUUUUGCUGCCUAUCUCAGCUAUGAAGCGCUGCUCAUCUUGAAGUCCGAGCCAGUUUUUUAAGUGCGAAUUAAUUGAAUUAUGAAUUAUGCAAGUAGAAAUCCCA